AUGGCGGACGAGGCGAAGGCGAAGGGCAACGCGGCGUUCGCGGCCGGCCGCUUCGAGGAGGCUGUCCAGCACUUCAGCGACGCCAUCGCGCUCGCGCCCGACAACCACGUCCUCUACUCCAACCGCUCGGCGGCGUACGCGUCGCUCGGGCGCUACGCGGAGGCGCUAGGCGACGCCGAGCGGACCGUGGCGCUGAAGCCGGACUGGGCCAAGGGCUACUCCCGCCUCGGCGCCGCGCACCUGGGCCUCGGCGACGCGCCCAAGGCCGUCGAGGCGUACGAGAAAGGGCUCGCGCUCGAGCCGUCCAAUGAGGCGCUCAAGUCCGGCCUCGCCCAGGCGCGCCAGGCCGCGUCGGCGCCGAGACGUCCGGUGGGCUCCGGGGCGGACGCCGUCGGCAAGAUGUUCCAGGGCCCUGAGCUAUGGAGCAAGGUCGCCGCCGAUCCCACCACGCGUGGCUACCUCGACCAGCCGGACUUCGUGCAGAUGCUGCGGGAGGUGCAGCGGAACCCCAGCAGCCUGAACAGCUACCUUUCUGACCAACGAAUGGUUCAGGUGCUCACCCUCAUGCUGGACAUCAAGUUCCAGAACCAGAGCAAUGGGGCGCCUGAGCCGGCUGCAGCGCAAUCGAAUCCGCCGCCACCAAAGCAGCAGCCAGAGGCAAAGGCAAGGGAGCCGGAGCCGGAGCCCGAUCCUAUGGAGGUGACAGAGGAGGAGAAGGAGCAUAAGGAGAGGAAAGCGUCGGCGCAGAAGGAGAAGGAAGCGGGCAACGCCGCUUACAAAAGGAAGGAUUUUGAUAUCGCGAUCCAGCACUACACAACGGCCAUGGAGCUCGAUGAUGAGGACAUCUCCUACAUCACCAAUCGUGCUGCUGUUUAUCUUGAGAUGGGAAAGUUUGAUGAAUGCAUUAAGGACUGUGAUAAGGCUGUUGAGAGAGGAAGGGAACUACAUGCUGAUUUCAAGAUGAUCUCGAGGGCACUCACCAGAAAAGGAACUGCUCUUGCUAAACUUGCUAAAUCAUCGCAAGACUAUGAUGCUGCCAUUGAGACUUUCCAGAAGGCGUUAACUGAGCACCGGAACCCAGAUACCCUCAAAAAACUAAAUGAUGCAGAACGAGCAAAGAAGGAGCUGGAGCAACAAGAGUACUAUGACCCAGGAAUUGCUGAUGAGGAGCGAGAAAAAGGUAAUGAGUUCUUUAAGCAGCAGAAAUAUCCAGAAGCAGUGAAGCAUUACACUGAAGCUCUCAGGAGAAACCCCAAGGACCCAAGGGUAUACAGCAAUAGGGCUGCCUGUUACACCAAGCUGGGGGCCCUUCCUGAAGGUCUGAAAGAUGCUGAGAAGUGCAUUGAGCUAGAUCCCACAUUCUCCAAGGGAUACACAAGGAAAGGUGCUAUCCAAUUUUUCAUGAAAGAAUAUGACAAAGCGCUGGAAACUUAUCAAGCUGGCCUAAAGCAUGACCCAAAAAAUCAGGAGCUGCUUGAUGGUGUAAGGAGGUGUGUUGAACAGAUCAACAAGGCGAGCAGAGGCGAACUCAGCGAGGAGGAACUGAAAGAGAGACAGAACAAAGGCAUGCAGGACCCUGAAAUCCAGAACAUCCUGACUGAUCCGAUCAUGCGGCAGGUUUUGACCGAUUUACAGGAGAACCCUCGAGCUGCCCAGGUGCACCUCAAGAACCCCGGAGUGAUGCAAAAGAUCCAGAAGCUCGUCAGCGCCGGGAUAGUUCAGAUGAAGUAG